CCACCUGCCAACCUCCCUACUAGACCUUUACCCUCCCUUCGUCUAAUCUCUCGUCUCUAAUAUGCCUUUCGCUCCAGGUGACUCCGGCAAGGGCGCCAGCCUUUUCAAAACUCGUUGUGCUCAAUGCCACACCGUUGGUGCCGGCGAGGGCCACAAAGUCGGCCCUAACCUUCAUGGUGUCUUCGGUCGCAAGACCGGCCAGGCUGAAGGUUUCUCUUACACUGCUGCGAACGUCAACAAGGGUAUCACCUGGAACGAGCAGACGUUGUUCGAGUACCUCGAGAACCCCAAAAAGUACAUCCCCGGCACGAAGAUGGCAUUCGCGGGCUUGAAGAAGGAGAAGGACCGCAACGACCUCAUUACAUGGUUGAAGGAGUCGACUGCAUAGACGCCUCUCCUUAGACUCGCAUUAUACACUAUUAUUCACGAUCCCCACUCUAUUGGUAGACGAUUAGCAUGUGCGCUGUCAAUUACACGAGGAUACCACUAUUCACGACGUUUUUGAGUGAUACCUCGGCUGAGUGAUAUGAGCUUUCGCGUUGUACGAGCUGACUGAGCCAUCUGCAGCGCAAAGUCAGAUUCGCUCCGGUAGGAUCAUCCCUAUGAGUGCCGAUCCGUUCCCUAUGACGCACGUUGACGUUUGAGGAUCCCGUACGGGCCGUCAACAACGCACCCGCUGCUCUACAUCUCCCGUUGGGAAUGCUCAGCCGAACAUCACGUCUACCCCUUCUGCGUUCAACGCGUUCAGAGACUCCCUGGCCAGCGCUGACAUCCAGGACACUCUCCUCCGCCCUGGACCCGCUAAGCCCUCACCAGCCGUUGCGAAUGCGUCGAUUUCGCGGCCAACAACCCAAGCAAGAAGAUGUUCCGUCAGCGAAUCCCAUUGUCCUCACCAUGAUGCUAGAUGAAUCGACUCACGCAUUCCUUACCGGGCUUCGAAGCAAAUACUUCCCGGCGCAUCGUAACUAUCUCGAGGCACAUGUAACUUUGUUCCACGCCAUUCCGCACGAUGCCAUGGAUGUUGUAAGCUGCGUCUUGGACGCCAUAUCGCAAGAGCAGGUCGCGUUCGACGUGCA